UACAUUGGUGCCGCAUCCUACCCGCUUGCUUUGUUUCUCUGUUCUCUGCAAAACCCUAGACCCCCUCAAACCUCCUCCUCGGUUUUUCUUCUACUCCUCCAUGGCUAGAAAGCGAAAGCUCGACUCCUCCAAAUCCUCCGAGCCGGCCGAGCCUCCCAAAAAGCUCCAGCAGCAAGCUCAAGCUGAACUCGACGAGAACAAGCCCCAAGAUGAACCCGUUAAGGACGUCGUUCAUGAGGAUCUAGCGGAAUACGAAGUGGUUGAGGAAGAAGAUGAUGGCGAUCAAGAUGAAAACGAGGAGGAUGAUGAUGACGAGGAGGAGGAGGAGGAGGAGGAAGAUGAAGGCGAUGAGACUACUGUCGAUAACCACCAUCAGACCCCUAAUGUUUCAUCCUCCUCAGCUGCUGCUACAACUACUGCUGCUGCUGCUGCUGCUGACGACGACGAUGAGCCCAUUCAAAAGCUCUUGGAGCCUUUCAGCAAGGACCAGCUUAUAAAUCUGCUGCGUGAAGCGGCUGAGAAGCACGCGGAUGUGGAUGGAAGAAUUCGAAUGGUUGCUGAUGCGGACCCAUCCCACCGCAAGAUUUUUGUUCACGGGCUCGGAUGGGAUACCAAUACGGAAACUUUGAACAACGUGUUUAAGCAAUAUGGGGAGAUUGAGGACUCUAAAGCUGUGUGUGAUAAGGUCUCUGGGAAGUCCAAGGGUUACGGUUUCAUCCUCUUCAAGAAGCGUAGUGGGGCUCGAAAAGCACUGAAGGAACCCCAGAAGAAGAUUGGCAAUAGGAUGACUGCCUGUCAGUUGGCUUCGGUUGGGCCUGUUCCAUCGUCGAGUGCGGCGGUAGUAACCCCUCAAGCUCCACCUGCUUCGGAAUAUACGCAGAGGAAGAUUUAUGUGAGCAAUGUUGGAGCUGAUGUAGACCCCCAGAAGUUGCUAACUUUCUUUUCCCAGUUCGGUGAAGUUGAUGAAGGACCAUUGGGGCUUGACAAGGUGACAGGCAAGCCUAAAGGUUUCUGUCUAUUUGUGUACAAGACGAUAGAAAGUGCUAAGAGGGCUUUGGAGGAGCCCCACAAGAACUUUGAGGGUCAUAUGUUGCAUUGCCAGAGGGCCAUCGACGGUCCCAAGCCAGGGAAGUCUCAGCACCAGCAUCAUGUACAAAAUGCGCCGUUUCAGAGGAAUAAGAAUCCGAAUUAUGCAGGUGGGGCGGCAUCUGGAUCAGGGCACCUGAUGGCACCUGCAGGGCCUGGUGUUGGUUACAACCAAGGACCUCCUCAAGCAUUGAACCCAGCUCUUGGCCAGGCCCUGACUGCUUUGCUGGCGAGUCAGGGUGCUGGGUUGGGACUAACUAAUUUGUUAGGGACGCUCGGAUCUGCUGCAGGGCUGAAUCCAGCUGUGCAAGGCGGCGGACCUGGAGUACAAAGUGGGUAUGGUAGUCAAGCAAAUAUAAGUCCUGGUGUAAUUGGAUAUGGAAGUCAAAGCGGUGUGCAGGGUGGAUAUCCAAACCCACAGAUGGGACAGGGUGGAACCGUAAGGGGAGGGCAGCAUGGAGUUGGACAGUAUGGUGGUCCUGGCGGUUAUAUGGGGCACUAGUGCCUCGAUUCGAUCUCACUCAUAUGUGCGUCAGUAUUUUUGUACUGAUCAGGUGAUUCUCUGAAGUUUAAGGAGCUGAUGCAAAUGACGUUUUCGACCCUGUUCAUUUAAGCUCCAUUUUAAAUCUGUAGUUUUUGAUCUAUUCAAGAUUUGUUUUAAAUAUUUGGAUCAGUUUUAGUACUUUCAAGUAAAAUUGUGUAAACUCUAGCUCAAUGGUUGACAAAAAAUAUUUCAAACUCUUUUGUUCCAAUAGUUUUAAUAGAUCUUGCCCAAGACAGUUAAGUUAUGGUUAAUUCUCUUUCAUUGAUUUUGGUAACUAUUAUUCCAACUAAAAUUCUAUACUUUGCAAGGGUUUAAUACCUGAUUACUAUUUAGAUUUCCUAUCUUAUUGCUCGAAAUUGGUCUAUCUUGGUUCAUAGCUAAUUUUUAUGCUUUUGGGAACUGUAAAACAUGGGUUGUUUUAGUCUGUGUUUUUCUUUAUGAUAUUGAAAUCCAGAUCUGAGAUCUGCAUCUCCAAAUCGUUUUCAUGUUUAGUUCAUCUUCAUUCCCUUCACAUAUGUUACUUCCUUUUUGGAAGCAAGGAGCUAUUGUUAUUGUAGUGAAGAGGUUUCUGAUUUUAAAUGUUUGUUAGACUGUUCUUUGAUCCACAAAUGUCAAUUUUCAUUUGGCUUUUUAUAGUUUCUUAACUACUGAGCCAGCUGAGGUCUGGAGCUGAUAUUGUUCAUGCUAUGGAGUGUGCAUAUGGUAGUUAACGUUAAUCAGGUUGCUCGGUUGGAAUUAAGAACUACUAUUUUGCAGGUUGUCUCCACUGUAAGGUAAAUUCUUGUAUUUUGCUUAGUUAAGCCUGGAAUUCAUUUUGCAGUGCUAAGGGCUGAGGAAUUGGAACAAUUUGACCUGAAAAAACAUUUAUUGUGUACUUAUUAUACUUUGUAUAGGAUGCUUGUGAGGGGAUUAUAUGUUAACUUCAUUGUAAGAUUUUCUUUCUACUGAAUUUGAGAAUUGGCUUUUGGUGGUCA